AUGAAAGAUCAAAUAAUGAUCUCAACAAUUGAUAAGAAAGAAGAGAGACGAACAAGCGAGAAAAGAGCUUAUGACAACUCUCGAAUAACGGGUAAACAUAUAAAUGCAGCGAGAAUAAACAUGCUGGAAAUAAACUACGUAAACAAAUCGACCAGGGGUCCAGUAAACAAAAAAUCAUUCGAAGAAUCCGAUCAGGAGGACGAAAUUAUCCCAGAAACGCAGCAGAACGUAAGACGCAAGCGAAGACGAUUCAUCAGCAAAAAAGGAAUGAGACACAUUUCUCGAAUUAAGAGGUUGUUAUCUGGUGACAUCAAAGCGCAUCACGUCAUGGGUAAAGUUGAAAAUUCAAGAUUGAAUAUAAUAAUGGACACGAGAGGCGAAUUUAACGUAAUUACGAAAAAAGCUGUCGAUAUGAUCGAGGAAAAUGCGAACAAACUAAAGAGAAAUGCUAAUUUGAGCGAAAUACCAGCGUACCUUAAACGCGAGAAAUACACGAGAAUCGAGGCAGUAAAGAUAAAAGUGCAAGUCUUUGGAAGGACUAUAAACAUCGAGGCGAUGGAGUUAGAGGGCGAAGAACCAUGCCUAAUACUAGCGAGAAACGCCAGAAGACAAUUAGCCAAUCAAAUUCGUCAAGCCAAUAAAAAGACGUCACAAGAGAAAGGAGACAACGAAAAACAGGAAGACGAAUCAAACAACUCUAAAGGGUCUAUACAAAUUCAGGAGAGACUAUCCGACAUAGAUCGUUGGAGCUCUGUAAAAUCCAAGACUGUUAUGCAGCAAUGGGACGAAGAAAUUAAUUUGAUGCGAGACAAAUUAGAGAAAUGGAAAGAAGUAACAAGAAUAAAACCAUCCCAGGGAAUAGCCAAUGAGAAUAGAAUGACGAAAAUCAACAUAAGGUCAGUCACGAAGAAGAAAUAUCAACAGGAAGAAUCGGAGAAAGAGGACCGGACGGAUGAUGAAAUUCGUAUAGAAAAACCGUUAAUCUACUCUAAAGAAUUCACCGAUGAUAGCCAUCGACGCGAAUCAACCACGACGCGAGUUGAACAGCCAAUAACAUCACCCUGCAACGAGAGAAGCGAUGUAUCACUAAACAAGAGCCAAGCGACAGCGAAAAAGUGGCGAAAGGACACGUCAGAAAACGAAUCACAAGGCCAAGUAUUGGAAAUCGAGGCUAUAGACGAAAAAUUAGUCGCCAAGCCAAUCGAACUAAUCAGAGCAAGCGAACAAGCCAAAAGGUACAGGAAAGCCACACCCGAGAGUGUGUGUAAGAAUGAAAAUGUCAACGCGAAGCGAAAAGCGAUGCGCGAAUCCGAAGGUAGUUAUGCAUCUAAAGGACGUAUGAAUCAAGCAGAAUCAAUAAUUCGAACAUCUGAUUCGUCCAGAGAUACCAUCGAAAUCAUAAGGGUAAGCGAUAGCGACUCUAACAAUAGUGAUGAAUUAAAAGAGCAUGUGAACGACACAUAUGUUAUUCCAUCAGCCAAUAGCUACAUCGAUGCGAAUGACUUACUAGCCAAUAGCAGUGACGAAUUGCUAGUGCUCAGUAAUGGCAGCGCAGACUAUAAAAUAUGUAAGAUCAACCCGAAUCAUAAAAUAAAUGAGUGGUUCGUGACUACAGAAGUACAGAAAACGAAGAACAACGCGAAGAUUCAUGAAAACGACAAGUCGAACGUGAUUGGCUAUCACGAGAACAACGCAGCCAAUGAGCGAAGCGGUGAUGACCAAUCAGAUGCAGCGACGAGAUCCGAGCACGUGGCUAUAAAGCAGCGAUGCCAUAUGCAAUUUCAGUCUGAAUCGAGUCAAUUUGCAGCGUGUUGGUGUAACCCCUUAAGGCGUAAAGUCGAACAAAGUGAAACAGCAAGCGACGGGAAAUCUCACAAGAGAAAAUACGAGAUGGAGCUUGAGUCCGAAGAACGUGAAGUGUUGAAACGUGCGACGGCGAGUCUGUUGUACGAGAAAUUAGCAGAGAGAAAGCGAAGACGUAUUGCUUACUUAAAAAGUAUCACAGCCGAAAAUAAAACGACAAAAGAUAACCUCGAACCAGAGCAAGUAAAGGAGUUGCUCAAAAAGGAUGAAAAGGAAGCAACAAGUAUCUUCGAAGAGUUUCGCAAGAAACAUGAUGAUGCGACAAAUGCCCAUAUGAUUGUGGACCUUACUCAAAUCGCAAUCGAGGGAAAACACGUGGCCAACGUGAAGACAAUGGUAAAUAUCGAAGCGAUCGACGACUUCGACAAAACGCAGAUUCCACCAACCAGAAUCACAAUAGACAUCGUGAGAGGCCAAAUCCACAUAACAUCGAGAGAAUGCGGCGUGCAACCUACACAACCAAGCGCAGAAAUGUGUACCGUGGGUGCACGUAAGCAAUAUGAAGAAACAUCACAGGAAAAGGCGGAUUCACACGAGUCUAACGAAGAAAAAGAUGAUCCUGAUGCGAACCAAUCAGAACAAAGUAUCGAAAAAGAAGAAUCAGCGACGAUUAAGCCCGAUACACAGUGCCGAAACGACUCUACUAAAGGUGAGUCUGACAAAGAAAACCAAAAUAAAGGCACGUUCAAAAGUAGCAUAUCAGAGAAAUGCAAAACAAAUAAGAGAAGGAUUAAAAUAAUUAGGGUAUCUAAUCCUAAAAUACUGUCUAUAACAAAGCGAAAAAAGUCGACAGUUUACCAGACAAAAACAAGCCCAGUGCUUAAAACUAAAAACGACAACAAAAAGAAUGUCAGGAAGAUAUUGAGUGACGAAUCCAAUGAGGAGAAGACGCCACCAACAACACCUAAAAAAGCGCUCAAUCUGGCCGGAACGACCAGUUUAAGCCCUUUUGCGCGGGUGGGGAAAUCGCCUAGAGGGGACGCCCAAGCCGAACCGACGCCAACAACAUCUGCAGGCACAGCGCAGCUGGCAAGUGCAGUUUCCGCGUUCCCAGUGACACCGGGGAAGGAGUGGAGCGGCCUCAGAGCGACCAGCGUCAGGCUUCAGCGUAUGCAGGGAGAAAAGCCCUACGCGGAGAAACCACUGGAGUGGGAACCGACAGCGUAG